GGAGACAUGUGGAUUGGCAGCUACACAGGACUCGUGUAACACACCCGAGUGAGGGGGUCGUAUGACUAAGUAACAUCAAAUGAAUACAGGGAAAUCAAUCAAGAAUAACUUGCUAGAGUUCCAGUCAACCGUAACGUAAAGCUGUUAAGAAUGCAGUCAAGUGUGAACAUUUAGACUGGAUGGCCCAACAACUUUUUAUGUUUUCAUUUCAGUAUUCUUUGUAAGACAUUGAGAAAAAAAAAUGCAACCAUUCCUUAACUUAUGACAACUGUGCUUAAUGCCACAGCAGGGGGAAAAUGUGUUUACGGCCACCAUAGUAUUAAUAGAGAUCUACAUUUAAAAACUUUAAUAACUUGAAUAAGCUGGUAAAACGUUCUGAUAGAAAGAAUCGGGAUUUCCCUGAGACAACUCAAUAGUUCCCCCUCAGUGAACGUAAACAAGAUCUAAAACAACUCAGCCAAACGCUAGCGUUGGUGGGGAAGUUAGGCGCAGGGUUUCUUUUAAACAUUUUUGCAGAGAAGGGGCGCAAUUAGGGUGCGCCCCCUGUUGUCCUAAUGAAACAGCCUAAACUGAGGGUAAUGCCGAGGCCUGUGCCAACCAAUCGACCAUCCAGCAAGCUGACCUCACACACCAGCCCACACUGCAGCUAGCGCAGGAACCAGCCCCCACCCGCCCAGCAACUAGAUCUUGAUGUAUGGUUGUGAAAAAAUGACCCGCGUCCACCUCACUGUCCUCGUGGUGGCCAUCUUGGCAAGGGCCGGCUACUCCGUGCUGGACGAGACGCCCCUGAAUGUCGUUCCUUUCGAGGUGGCCGUUCAGGCAGGAGAGAACGUGACGUUCGUCUGUGUGCCCAAGGAGGGCGCGGUCAACCAUAGCGAGCCGGUCAUCUACCACUGGGCCAGGGUCAACCUGAGCAACCCCAACAUCACGCACAAUCUGACCUCGGGUGACAAGUUCAGUGUGGUUAACGAAACCCUUUCCAUCCUGCUCCCCACCAAGUCUGAAGAGGGCGCAUACAGAUGCACUCUGGGAAAUUUGACAUCCGACGGGAUUCUGAUCAUCUACCACAUGCCUGACUACCUGGUAGAGGGCGCUGUUAUCGGGGCAAUAUGUCUGCUCUUGUUCGUACUACUGACGGCUGGCAUUGUCAUAGCUUUCAUGAGACAGUACAGAGCAAGAAAGGCGAGACAAAACAAGAGAAGAGAGAAGGAUAUUAAAAACGGCUUUGUACCACACUAGCUCCAUCUGACAGAACAGCUAAUUUAUUUGUAUUAAUUUAACCAUUCAUUCCAGCAAAGUUCUGAGUUAUGAGGGAUGAUAGUUAGAUGUAGAUUGGCUACGGUUUACAACCAAGCUGUAACUCAAGAAACAUCACUCUCCUGUCUAUUGGCUAUCGUUUAUGGUCCCUGUAUUUACUAGCUCAAACACUUAUGUCUUUCUCCAGCUAAAGGCCUAUACAAUUUACCCCUUGAGCAAACUGCAUGUUUUAGUAAAUCACACUGUCAUACAGACAAUAUUUUGUCACACACCUGUUUCGGUAUAACAUAAGGGAAAUGCCAGAUCUAUGCUGCUAAAUCAGCCAUCAAGAAUACUAUGCUGUUGGUUUUUUUUUUUAAUUUAUUAUGGUGAUCAAAGUUAAUCCCAAAAAUCGUAUAGAAAGGAGGGGGCUGUAGGACAAUGGUAUAUCUGAAACCAGGCCUAAUGUUUAUAAUCCUAAUUGUAUCUGUAUAAUUUUAUUUUUGUUUUAUGAACAUUUUAUCUACUAACAAAUAUUUUAAUGAGUUUAACUUAUAAACUCAUAAUGGGGUUCAAAUGUCUUAUAAUCAUUAAAUGUAACUGUUUUUAAAGCUAUUUUUUAAAUAAUCACUUUUAAAGCCUGGAGCAAUGUCUCAGGUAAAGAGAUUUUACCAUAUAAAAUGUCCAGGAUAUAUCUUCAGAUCUUACAUAAAUAAAAAGUUUUAACAUGUAUUUGCUGGCAAAGAAAACCUUCAAUAGUUCAGGCUUGAGCUCAACUGUGAAACUAUGAUUGUAAUCAUCUUGAAAACUGCCUUUUAAAACUGUAAUUAUCAUCAUGUUGAAAACUGACUUUUAAAACAAUUGUCAUGGGAAAACUGCCUUUAAAACAUUAAUUAAAAAACAUUAAUUUAAAACAUUAAUUAUCAUCAUGUUAAAAACUGAUUUUUUAACUAUGAUUGUCAUUGUGUUGAAAACUGACUUUUUAAACUAUGAUUGUCAUCAUGUUGAAAACUGACUUUUUAAACCAUGAUUAUCGUGUUGAAAAAUUGUUUAGUCAACUUCUGGUUUUUAAGAUUUUUUAAACAAAUAAUUUAAAUAAGAAUGUAUUCCAUCUUUGUUAUUAUAAAAAUGCGUUGAAUGAUUUUAAACAAAUUAAAAUAUGAAUUUUU